ACAAAUGAAAACUGCCAUUAUCAGGCAUAGCAAGGCAGUGUCAGAGUAGUACAAGGGAGUAGUGCAAGUCCCAGGGAGUUGGGGGAGGAAUGGUAAGUGAUGGGUCACAGAGUUCAGCAGGGUUACAGUAGAUGGGAGCCUACUGGUGUGGGACUGAAGAGACCUGUACUGCCUGCUUGAUGGGAGGAGGGCCAAAAUUUGGUGGCAUGGGUGUGAAGGGUCCCUGAUGAUCCCGCAUGCCCUGUGUAGACACCACUUCCACUGGAGGUCUGUGAUUGCAGAAAGCUGGGCACCAGUGAUGUGCUGGGCGGUUUUCACCACCCGUUGCAGGUCCUUCCGGUCGGCUGUGGAGCAGCUGAUAUACCACAGUCUGGUGCAGUUUCGUCAGAAUGCUUUCAAUUGUGCAGCGGUGGGAAGGAUCUGGGAGGACAGGCGGGGUUUCUUCAGCCUCCUCAAUAAGUAUAGGCACCUUUUCGACCAAAGCUGAGGUGUUGAGGGACCAGGAGAGGUCUUCUGAGAUGUGGACACCCAGGAAUUUGAUGCUGGACACACGCUCCGCCUCAGUACCAUCGAUGAGGACUGGGGCGAGGCUGCCGCCUUUGGACUUAGUUCAGUGCAAAACAAUCUGUGCAAUUGUACCUUCAUCAUUCAUCCUUUCAUUUACACCACGGUUCUAGUACCGAACCACAUUUGAAACAAACAUUAAAUAAAACCGAAAAAAUAAAUAGAACUGUCUAAAUCUAGAUCCUUCUGCCCAAUUCUUUUUAUGGGACCCCUGCAGAUGUAUCAGCCCUACCUUACCCAAUGGAUUCUUCAAUAGACGUCUUGCCUUAACAAGUGGUUCUUCAAGCCAGAUAUGGAGUGAUACAAGUGUUUUCAAGAGAGGGGACCUUGAUUUCUUUCCACCCUUUACUGAGAAUUUCAGGCGGACUGUGAUACAGGACUCUGCACCAUGGAAUGGGCCUGGGGACCGGUGGCCAUCACCUGUUUUCUGGUCCCCGAAUACGGUUUGAGAACUGCUGCCAUAGGAGACCACGCACAACUACAGCAGCUGUCCGUGACAUUGCCUGCCUGGCUGUAUCUAACCCUGUUCAUCAUCAGAAGCCACAGAAGCUCUAAAAAGAAAGCCUAAGGUUUCCCCCCGUGUCUCCUGAAAACGCCCUACAGAGUAGGCACACUGAUGAGUUGGACGUAAUUUUACUGUGGACUUAAAUAACUUCUUUUCUUUUACGCACAAAUUUCAUUGUGGGGUAAAACAACGGUUGUGUUUCAACCGCCCGCAACAUGUUUGGUUGUGUCAUUACAGUUGUGUUUCAACUGCCCGCAACAUGUUUGGUUGUGUCAUUGCGGUCGUGAUUCAACUGCCCGCAACAUGUUUGGUUGUGUCAUUACGGUUGUGUUUCAACUGCCCGCAACAUGUUUGGUUGUGUCAUUACGGUUGUGUUUCAACUGCCCGCAACAUGUUUGGUUGUGUCAUUACGGUUGUGUUUCAACUGCCCGCAACAUGUUUGGUUGUGUCAUUACUGUUGUGUUUCAACUGCCCGCAACAUGUUUGGUUGUGUCAUUACGGUCGUGUUUCAACUGCCCGCAACAUGUUUGGUUGUGUCAUUACGGUUGUGUUUCAACUGCCCGCAACAUGUUUGGUUGUGUCAUUACGGUUGUGUUUCAACUGCCCGCCACAUGUUUGGUUGUGUCAUUACGGUUGUGUUUCAACUGCCCGCAACAUGUUUGGUUGUGUCAUUAAGGUUGUGUUUCAACUGCCCGCAACAUGUUUGGUUGUGUCAUUACGGUUGUGUUUCAACUGCCCGCAACAUGUUUGGUUGUGUCAUUACGGUUGUGUUUCAACUGCCCGCAACAUGUUUGGUUGUGUCAUUACGGUUGUGUUUCAACUGCCCGCAACAUGUUUGGUUGUGUCAUUACGGUUGUGUUUCAACUGCCCGCAACAUGUUUGGUUGUGUCAUUACGGUUGUGUUUCAACUGCCCGCAACAUGUUUGGUUGUGUCAUUACGGUUGUGUUUCAACUGCCCGCAACAUGUUUGGUUGUGUCAUUACGGUUGUGUUUCAACUGCCCGCAACAUGUUUGUUUGUGUCAUUACGGUUGUGUUUCAACUGCCCGCAACAUGUUUGGUUGUGUCAUUACGGUUAUGUUGCUGUUGGGACCCACCCAUCAGCUUUUCUGAGGCUGAUGCAGAUUGAUACAGAUCGUUUUUCUGUUGGAUCGGCCAAUAUUAACCUACUUUGUUUUUUAUAAUACUUUUUGAGGGGGGGUGGGAGUUGCAGUUUUUUUGUCUUUAAUAAAUAUAUGCAUCCAUAAUAAACUGAAACUGUUGUGCAUUAAUUUAAGUUGCUUGUGAGACAUGUCAUCUGGCUGCUUGACCUGUCACCCUGAUUUGAUUCGAUAGAUAUUUAAGAAAUGCGAAUGGAGGGAGUUUGACCAUUACCUAGCUAUGUAAAGAACGUGUGGACAAAUAACAUAACAUAACGUCCACGUCUAUAGCAACACAACUGCAGUUAUUGUUUUAUGUCAAUAUUCUCCAUGUACACAUGCUAGGCCACCUGUCAGUUCAAAUUGACUUGUGAUCUCCUUACACUCCCUUUAGACAAUCACGGUACUGUACUUCCCACCCUAAACCACCCUGGACUAGCCAGUAGUAUUCUGGUCUCGUUCGGUAAAGGAAGACGAGGAGGUUGUGUUAUUGUUUAGAGGCAGGAUUCUACAGUGCCCCUUUAUGACUGAACGGUCUGAGAAAAGCCUGAUCCGCAGUCACUACAAAUAUGUACUUUUUGUGUUUUUUUUAAUUUUUUCCAGUGGUGAAACAGAAUGGAAUAAAAAAGGCCUUCUCCAAGGCCAGGCGAUGAAUUCAUCUCUGUCAGAUAUAGGGAUGCAACAGGCAGAAGCUGCCGGAAAGUACCUCAGAGAUGUCAAGUUCACCAACGUCUUUGUGAGUGACAUGGCCCGCGCUCGCCAGACUUGUGAAGCUAUUGUAAAACAUAAUAGUAGUUGCUCUGGCCUGGAAAUUGUCACUGACCCAUCACUUAAAGAGAGGUGUUUUGGAAGCGCUGAGGGGGGUUUGGUGGUGGACAUGAAGAACAUGGCUGCAGCAGCUGGUCAGUCUUGGCUGGACUUUACGCCUCCUGGUGGAGAGACUAUAGAACAGAUGAAGACGCGAGUAGAAACCUUUCUGGGGCACCUGUUCCAGCGCAUGGUGGCUGACCACUGCAGACCAGGCCAGAAGGUGACCAAGAUGCCGGAGACCGAAGGGGCUCUUGCAGGCAAGCCAGACGACGGGACGAGGGACAUCCCAGCCCAUGCCCUGGUGGUCAGCCAUGGAGCCCUCAUACGUGUGGCCAUGCGCUAUUUUGUGGACGAGCUAAAGUGUCCUUUACCCCAAGGGUUGGACAUGUCACAUGUGAUUGCUCUUUGUCCCAACACAGGCAUAUGUCGUUUCAUCAUGUCCGUGGAGGAAGUUGAUGCCAGCGUCACCCUCUCUGCUAUUCGCUGUGUCUUCAUCAACAGGUGUGAGCACAUCUAACACCGUGUGUAGAGUGAAGGUGGCGCUAUGCUAUAGGGCUGACUGAAAUCAUACUGUCGAGGAUCUUUCCUGUCACCUUUGACCUUUCCAGCUGGGUUAAAGCAACUAUGGUGGAACCAGUACAGCUUGGCUUGGCCCUAUAUCAUAAAUCAGACUAAUACUUGAUGUCUAAGACACAGCUCCGGAAGAAAUUAAGAGACCACUGCACUUUUUGCUUUCCUUUCCAAAAAAGGUUGAAAGGUUUUGAGUGAGGAACAGAAGUGUUCGAUUUGCAGUGGUCUCUUAAUUUUAACCCUUCUGUUCCUCACUCAAAGCCUUCCUUUUCGACAAGAUUAACAGUUCACUUUAAUGGUGUGCUCCGGUCACAUGAUCGUCCCAUUGAAAUUGCUAAGCUCCUCCCAAAACCAGAGUUUUGUCAAUGUGACCUCAGCCUUUGUCAUACAUAUCAACACCCAUUGUAAUCCCAAUCCAAAUUAGGUUCAGGUGUGCAGCAGGGCGUUGUGGGAGCGGGAUUUGUCAUUCUUAAUGUCUUCUAGACAAAUUCAGACUUUUCAGCUGGAAAGAGAUUCCAGAUAGAUUGAAAUGUAACCAGAGUGGCUCUUUAAAAGCUGUUUGAAAAAAGAGAAUGGAACUUUACCUGUUCAGUUGAGAUGGAACUUUUGGACUGCCUGAUAUCACCAUUUGGUGGUUAAUUGGUUAAUGGAGCAAGAAGAGGUAGUACCAGUUUAUCCCACUCACACUACGACCAGACAGUCCUAGCAACAUUCUUGCUUGUGGAAUUUCUAUACACCAAGAACGUCCAUAACAUAAGCCCUUUACGGAACUGUAUUGUAACUUAAAUUGUUAGGAAUGAUCUUAAAACACCUUUUUAAUCCCUA